AAAGGAGUUGAUUUUUUAAAGGAAUAUUACGGAAUAUGAAAGUUCUAAUCGUUCUUGAUGCUGUGGAGGUACAGUCGCAUCUCCACAAAAUUGUUUGAGAGAAGCUUGAUUGGUUUGGUGAUGGAUCUAGGAUAAUUGUCACCACUAGUGUCAAAUCUGUUCUUCCAGAGUUCAUAUCUCAAGGGUUAGCUAAUGCGUAUGGUAUCAACGUGAUGAAUAAUGAUCAAGCUCUUGAGCUUUUCAGAAAGCAUGCACUGCGGAAAAAUCUUCCAAUUCCAGAUUUUGAUGAAAUUGCAAUAGGUAUAAUCAACUCUGUGAAUGGGAUCCCAUUACUUGUUGAAGUAAUUGGUUCACUCUUGUCCAGAAAAGUAGUAGAAGAAUGGACUGCACUUAAGGAGCUAAUUUUGCAAUCUGGCCCGCAUAUUGAAAUGAUUUUGAUGGCUAGUUAUAAAGAAUUGACCAAAGAGCAAGGAGAGAUACUUCUUGAUAUUGCAUGCCUCCCUGCCGAUGUGGAUUGUCAAAUUGCUUCAUUUAUGUGGCAUGAUCUCAAUAUCGCCCCCUCAGAUGGAGUUGAUGCGCUCCAUGCCAUGUCUCUGGUAAAAAUUGGAAAUGAUAAUGAAUUAGUGAUGCACAGGCUGUUAAGGGAGUUUGGCCAACAAAUCAUACGAAAAGAGGAAGGUCUAUAUCCAGGAACGCGAGGCAGGUUAUGCAAUUUGGAUUUGGCCUGGAGAACAAAGAAGAUGGAGGGGACAGACCACCUCAACUUUGAUGCAAGAGAUUUUAAGAGCAUGCCAAACAUAAGGUUUCUUAUCUUGGAUUGUGCAAAAGUAGUUGGUGAUUUUGCUGAUGUUUUUCCAAAUUUAAAGUGGCUCCAAUGGCGAGGAUGCACUAGAGAUUUUGCAGCUACUAAUUUUCAUGUGGAGAAAUUAGUCAUUCUUGAUCUUUCAUGGAGCAAAGUCACUGAAGACUGGGGAGGUUGGAGAAAAUCAAGGUAG